GAUUUACUUACCCUUUAAAUGUGAUAUCAUCUGUUUUGUGUGUGUAAUACCAAUGCUGACAUGGCACACUCACAUUAAUAACUACAGCUAUAAUCCAAAACAUUUCGCCUCCAGUAGGUGUAGGUAAACCAAAAAAAUCAAACAAACAAACUAAAACUAACAAAAACAUUUAUACAAAGACAUUGGGUAUAGCAGCAGAUGUAAAGCAUAGUCAGAAUGGAAAUAAACAUAACCUUUAGAAGCAGGUGCCUACAGGUAAUGGUUUUAAGGGGUUUUAAAGAGUGUUGCAGAUGUUCACCAGCUUAAGAGUCUCUUUUUUACAAUAAAUUGAGUCACAUGAAUACAGAUUUAAGUUGUGUGGUAAAUGGUACAUUUAGGAGGCAAUAAGGAGGGGUAAAUCGCGGACAAAACCCCCCAUUUCAUAUGGAUAAAAUAAAGCAGAAUGACACAGAUUCAUACGUGUUUAAAGGUUCAGCGUGUAGAAGUUAGUGACAUCUAGUGGUGAAGUUGUAUGUUGGAGCUGAAUGCCCCUGACCUCACCCUCCCCUUACAAACAUGAUAGAGAACCUGUGGAAACCUUCAGUAAUCAUAAAACUGAAAGGUGCUUAGUUUGUCCAGUCUGGACUAUACUGUCAAAAAAACAUGGCUGCCUGUGUAGAGUUUAGGUGAAAGGGAUCUAUAGGCAGAAAUUGAAUAUAAAAUAAUCCUUGUGUUGUGUUCACUAUUGUGUUUCAUCUUAAUUGUUCAAAUUGUUGUUUUUAUUUACUCUAGAAUGGGCCAUUUAUAUCGGGAGCGGGUUCUCUCUAUGGAGGCCACCUUUUUUUUCUUCAAAUAUGGACAAACUAAACACCUUUUGAGUUUGUAUGACUAUUGAAGGCUACCAUAGGUUCUCAUCCAUGUUGAAAGGGGAGACUGAUGUGAGGGGUUGCAAUUCAAUUGCAAUAUGCAACUUCACCACUAGAUGUUUCUAAAUUCUUCACACUGAACCUUUUAACAUAAAGGGCCCAUUCUAGGUUAAAGACAACAACACUUUGUACAAUUUAGAUGACACACACAUUUUAACAUUACAUUUCCGCCACUAGAUUCCUUUCACCUAAACCUUACACACUGAACCUUUAAGGUUGAACUUCUAAAGUUGUAAAAGUGAACCUUCAAAUUUGUUUAUUGGGGGGGGGGGUGUAAGGCGCAUCAGUCCCAGUGAACUGAGCAGUAAGAGUUGGUAUCAUUUGACUUCCUGCUGCUCAGGUUGAUUUACCUGACAGUCAGGGUGCACACUGUAAGAAACACCGUUGGGAAACACACGCUCGCUGCGGAGGGUUCGGUCCCAAGCUGCGGACUUUUUGCAGCGUGCCCCUCAGCUCCUCCCACCCCCUGUGUGACGGAUUACACUUUUUACUCGUCUCCCGCAGCUCUGAAGGUCCGGCUUCCUCUGAGAGACACCGUCCUCACCUCUGUCCCAACACCACUCCACUUUAAGACAACUUGUCCUCCCUGGUCCGAGUAGCGGCUCCCUCGGCCGAUGCGUCCCGUCGUGUCGCGUCUCAGCGCCGCUGAACCCAACUUUACAAACUUGUCAUCAGUGUCAGUCCUGCAUUGAAGAAGCGACGUGAUGUCAACGAGCGUGGAAAUAAGAGAAUAACCUGCGAGCUCGGCGCUGUGAGACAGGAGAGAGAGCAGCAGUCUGUGGUGGAGGAUUCCCAGUCCUGUGUGGGAUGUUAACGGACUGGGGGUGCGUUGAGGCUGAAGGAGCAUGGUGAAACACCAACCCUUACAGGUCUAUGAGAAGCAGGUCUUUGUGUCCUUUGUCACUGGGAUCUAUGGUUGCCGCUGGAAACGCUACCAGCGUUCCCAAGACGACAGCUCCAGGUGGGAGUGUACCUGGUUCAUCAUCUUGUGCAGUUCUUUCCUCCUGCUUCUCUUUUGGGCCUACUUCUGGUUGGUGGCUCAAAAUGAUUUCAACGAGUUUAACUGGUCAGUUUACAACCGCUCUGGAGAAUGGAGGGAUGAGACAAUCCCCAUCCUCGCAUCCACCACUGUGGGAUUCAGCUAUAUUACAUUCUUACUGAUAUUAGCUCUUUUCCACAUAUCCUUGGGCCAACAGCUGAAUCUCUUCUGGGUUCACAAGAUCGGAGUGUUGGCCACAUUGCUCACCACGAUCUCUGGUGUCGUCUCCGUGGAUGACAUAUGGGGAGAUGAGUGGGACAUCUUGCUUGUGUCACUGCAGUCCACAGCACCAUUCCUGCACAUUGGUGCCCUGGCGACAGUCACAGCUUUUAGCUGGUUGGUAGCUGGGUAUGUGGUCCGCAGAGAGAGAUCCAAUUUCCAGGUGCUGGUGCUGCUGAUCUACGUCAUUAUCUUCCUGGCGGUCUGUUUAGCUCCGCUCACGUUCACCUGCCCCUGCAUCAUGGACCGCCAUAGCCUCAGACCUCGGCCAGACAUCAUCGGUCGACGGGGAGCUCCUAUGCUGGCCCCAGAAAACACCAUGGUGUCUUUUAACCGAGCCCUGCAGCAGGGAGCCACCUCGCUGGAGGCUGACGUCACGAUCAGUGUGGAUGGAGUUCCAUUCCUCAUGAGAGACCGCACGUUGAGGCGAACCACAGACGUCAAUAAGGUCUUUCCAGCCAGACAGUCUGAUGACGCCGCUCUGUUCAACUGGACAGAGAUUCGCUCUCUAAAUGCUGGCCAGUGGUUUUUGGAGAGUGACCCCUACUGGACAGUUGAGACCCUGACAGCGAGGGACCGCAGCAGAAUAGGCAACCAGACGGUUUGCAGCCUGGUCGAGAUGCUGCGUCUGGCAUCAAGGGCCAACAGCUCAGCACUGCUCAACGUCCGCAAACCUCCACCAGAGCACCCGCGCUCCCGGAGCUGGUUCAUGGACACGCUGUGGGCCGUGCAGAAAGCAGGGAUUUCCCCUAAGCGGGUGAGGACUGUGACAUGGACCCCCGACACAGACAGGGGGAGGGUGCGUGGGCUUCCGCAGACUACAACUGAGAAGCUGUCGCUGGAGGAGAUAAGGCAGAGGGGAAUUACAAGCCUGACCCUCCACUAUAGCAAGGCCAGCCACAGAGACAUACAGGAGUAUCUGGCCAAUAAUGUGAGUGUGACCGUGUACCCAGUGAACGAGCCCUGGCUCUACUCCCUUCUGUGGUGUAGCGGGGUGCCUUCUGUGUCCUCUGAUGCUCCUCAAGUCCUCCGAAAGGUGCCUUACCCCAUCUGGCUCAUGAGCCAGUACGCUUACGGCUUCAUCUGGAUCUCUUCAGACUUGGUGUCCAUCGCCAUCGUCAUAGGGAUUUUCUGUUUCCAGAACUAUCAUAUGAUCAGGUGGCGGAUGAGCGGGAUGCAGACCUAUAACCCUGAACAGAUCAUGCUGAGCGCGAUGGUGCGACGUUCCAGUCGAGACGUCAACAUCAUGAAGGAGAAGCUCAUAUUCUCAGAGCUUAACAACGGGCUGGGCAGCUCAGAGGAACUGUCUCUGUAUCCUGAGAACGGUUACGCCAGAUACUCUCAUGGAGGCCUCAGCCACUGAAAAACCAGCCUCUCAUGGAAAGUGAUUGACAAGGAUUGUUCGGUGAGCAGAAAAAGGAGUUCACAGAGGAAACCCAUCCAUACGGCAAAUGACCCCGAGAUGAACAAAUUAGUGGACUGGCCAGUGGUUUUGAUCGGUGGAACCUUUCAUCAUCAGACACCUUCCUAUAUAUAUUUUUAAUAUAACGUACUUUGGUGUAUUUCCUAAUCCUGUAAGACUGCCGGUGUAAUCCACAAGGCUCUAAAACAGUUCAGCAUUUCCUAACCCUGUCAAAGGCUGUCACUUUCAACCUAACAUGAAAAAUGUAAUGGUCGCUAAGAACAUUGCUGUUUGCAUAUGUGAUGAUGUCAUCACUCAAUGGAUUAGCUGAUGAAUACACUGAGAAUCAAGUGGAGUCAGAGGGAGCCACAGUCACUGACCUGGGGAAACAUGUGAUUGUUUUUUCUUUGUAAUAAAUCUAUUUGUUUUGAAGCAUAAUUUACAAACAUCAAUUCACCUUUUCAUGUAGAAACAGACACACAUUUUAUUGGCAGAAUAUCCACUCAUUUAUCAUUAUUGGCUAUAGAUGUGUUGAUCUGUGUUGUUAUUGGGCCAAACAUCCAUUGGACCACAAUGAAAAGAUCUUCUGUUCAGUCCAUUUGCUUGAGUGACCUUCUCCAAAUCUUUAUCUGAGCUAAUAAAGCUGUGCUGUUGUAUUUUUCCAUGUCAUUGACUUUUGCUGUUGUUUUAUAACAGAAGAAAUGAGCUUGGUAGUGUUCUGUAAUAUACACUGAUGUAAAUAUGAGUUUUUAUUUUGUUCCCUCUGAGAGGAUUUGUUUUGGACAUAUAAACUGAAUAUUUGAUGUUUGCAUUGAUUAUCAUGAUGACUGACUUCCUCUUUUAAGUGGGACAGACUCUGGCAUGAGUUCCAUUGGGAUGAGGGUACUUGGGGUGGGGGGUGAAAAUGUUCAGCUUUUUUUCUGCCUCUUAUCUGCCAUGAUUGAUUUACUGUAUAGUCGGAUUAGUUAUAACAUCUUUCACAUGGCUGCCUUUUUGUUAAAUAAAGUGACUGGUAGAAUAUUGUAAAAUAUAUUGUUAGUCUAACGAUAGGGGUAAAAAGUCGGAGUACUACUGUCAACUGUUCAAUAAAUUUGAUCUUUCUGCA